GAACCAGUAUGAGGCUAAGGCUAUGAGCCACUGACGUGUGACGCGACGCGAUUGCUCAAAAGCAAGGGAUAAACAAUAGUACGAGGCACCGCAUUGUUGAGACUUGAGACUUGAGUUAUGGCACUUGUUGAAGCCUAUGCUUCUCUUUCAAUCUCUUCUGGUGUUGCUCGUCUUUUCACUCCACCAAAAUGCUCUCCCACCGCUCACUUUCCUCAUCGGAAUUUUGUUGCAACUCGACCAUCAUUCAUCGCUGGUUCCCCACUCUUGAUUCAAAGAAAUCAUGGAAGGAAAGCUGCAUGCAAAGCAAUCCCUGUUCCAAUAAGAUGUGAGCAAAGUACCCAACAAGGGAAUGGUCUGGAUGUGUGGCUAGGCAGACUAGCCAUGGUUGGCUUUGCAGUAGCGAUCACUGUUGAAAUUUCUACUGGAAAGGGACUCCUAGAGAACUUCGGAGUCCCAACUCCACUGCCUACAGUUGCCCUUGCAGUAACAGCACUGGUGGGUGUCUUGACAGCAGUUUUUAUCUUCCAAUCAGCCUCAAAGAGCUGAUUACAUGUUUAGGCUGGUUGUGAUUGUUGUAAAUUCUUAAGCUGGGAAGUUUCAAUUUUCAAGAUAAAAUUUAUCUUUUUGUAUCCUGUAAUAUUUGUUUGGUGGAAAGAAAGAAUUGUUAUUAAAGCCCAGAAAAGUUAAUGACGCCUUAAGCCAUAGAAUAAUGGCGUCACCUUUCCCUGUUGCCUUCAAACGAAUCUUUGUUAUCCCCAUUGCAUUAGUUAGUUACGAAUUAAUGAUGAA